AUGAGUCAAACACCCUUGAGGAAUCAGACUCUGGUGACAGAAUUCAUUCUGACAGGCUUCUCAGAAGUGCCUCAGCUCCAGGUUCUCUUCUUCGUCCUCUUUCUUUCCCUCUACACCAUGGCAUUCUGUGGCAAUUGCCUCAUUGUGGUGGCCAUCACCAUCAGCUCUGGACUCCACACUCCCAUGUACUUUUUCCUGGUAAACCUGGCCGUGUUGGAUGUUAUCUGUGUGUGCACUGUGGUGCCCAAGUUGCUUGAGAUCCUGGUGGCUCAGGAUGCAAGCAUCUCCUACAGAGGCUGUAUGGUCCAGAUGUACUUCUUGUCAUGGUCUGUAGCAGCAGAAGUGCUGCUCUUCACUGCCAUGGCCUAUGACCGCUACGUGGCCAUCUGCCAGCCACUGUACUAUGACUCCAUGAUGAGCCCCAGGGUGUGUGCAGCACUGGCUGGAGCUGUGUGGGGUAUCAGCAUAUUUGGUGCUGGUCUUAACACCUAUCUGAUGUCACGGCUGACCUUUUGUGGGCCCAAUGUGAUUGAUCACUUCUUCUGUGAGAUUCCCCCUCUGCUGUUGCUGUCUUGCUCCUCCACAUAUGUGAAUGACAUCAUGACAAUUGUGGCUGACAUCUUCUUUGCUGAUUUGAAUUUCCUGCUCACCAUGGUGUCCUAUGGCUUCAUCAUCUCCACCAUCCUGAAGAUUCGCACGGCAGAGGGCAAGCAACGAGCCUUCUCCACCUGCUCCUCUCACCUUAUCGUGGUCUCCAUGUACUAUUCCACCGUCAUCUACACCUACCUGAGUCCAAAUUCCAGCUACUCCCCACAGAUGGGUAAAUUCCUAGCUGUGCUAUAUUCCACUGUGAGUCCCACCUUGAACCCUCUCAUCUACACUCUAAGGAAUAAGGAUGUCAAGACUGCCCUCAAGAAAGUCUUUACACUAAUGGUGGAAAAACUAUAUAUUCAUAGCCUCUAA